AGUAAAAGUCAUAAAAAAAUUGAAGAUUUUUAUUUUUGGAAGUUAUAAUUAAUUGAGUUUUCGUGGUUGUGUUAAAAAUAAGUGAUGUGCAAGUGAUUAAUUGUCAGUUGAUGAAAAUUGAUGAUUUAAAAUUUUUGAAUUUUUUUUUGAGGUUAGAAUUUUGUAAAAAAUUAUUUUUCGUUUUAAAUUUUUGUUUUUGGUGGUGGUGAAUAAUUAGGUAAAUUAAUAAGUGUUAAUUAGUGUUAAAUUGAAAAUUUUUGUGUUAACAAUUAGUGAGUGUUGGAUUUGUAUAAAAAUGAAAUUUUUACAAUGGCGGGAAAUUUCAAAUUAUUUAAUUUUGAAUCUUCUGAUGUUAUUGUCAUAGAGAAAUUAUUCUAUGAAAGGAAAGUGUUAAUUAAAGAAACGAAAAUGCCGACGAGUGAGGCCUUUGAAAAGAGUGUAGCGUCAUUCACUAGUGCUGUAACUAAAAUAGCACGUGAGCGUAUGAAUAUCAGCGGGUUAUCUAUUCAUUUAUCUCAAGACACUGGAACAAAUCUGGCACGAGACUACACUAUUUUAUUGUCUGUCGCCACGUGCAAAUCGACUUGGAAUUUAUUCAAACGAGCUCAAGCUCAAAAACUCGUGCAUUUAGCAAUCACAGACAAAGACUGUCCGAGAAUACCCGCUGAUAAAGGAAUAAGCAUUCCGCUGAUUGAUGUCGGUGAAGAAUUGCCUCAGAUAUUUUACGACUUACGUAUGAGCCGUGGACUAGAUUGGAACCGGGUCAAUUUUAUUCACGAUGACGCUUAUGGUAAAAUUAUCGGGAAAGUGAUCGAAGCGUUUUCUGAUGAGCUUCCGGAGUCUAAAUUAGGUCUAGCCUCUCAUACAUUGGCCUCAUUGAGCCAUGGGAGGUCUGAAGUACUCACUAGACGUCAUAUCAGAGAUCUUUUAUCUAAAUAUCACAAUCCGCGGCCUAUAGAUCAACAUUUCCUGGUGAUUGUUGAUUACAAAAUCGUUCCAUUGUUUAUUGAGACGGCCAGGGCGGCGCAACUGCUGCAUCCGAAGACCCAGUGGUUGUUUGUGGUACCGGAUAUGCCAGACUCGAGAGGAAAUGUCUCUGUUUUUGUGGACUACCUUGAGGAAGGUGAAAAUCUUGCUUUUCUGUAUAAUUUUACUAAAAGGAAUUUGAAGGAUUGCCGCGCUGGGGCGGUCUGUCAUGCUCGGGAACUGGUCGGGUCACUGGGGAUCGCGUUGGAAAAAGUUCUUGCCCAGGAAAUUAAACUGUACGAGAGCAUCACUGAAGAAGAGUUUGAAGCCAGUGGGGUCAAUAAGUUCGUCAGGAGUCGGAAUAUUAUUACAUAUAUGAGGAACGAACUCUACAACGAUUCAAAAUCAACGGGACGCGGCAGCACGUGCAACAGCUGCAUACGCUGGGUUCUCAGCUCCGCUAUCACUUGGGGUAAUAAAUUUGGCCAAGCAACCGAUCUACAGACUCACGAGUUACAAGAAGCCGGCACCUGGACCCCCGACCCAGGGUACGAGUCCAAAAGUUACAUUUUUCCCCACGCCAUCUAUGGAUUCUUAGGAAAAACACUUCCAGUCGCUAUUUAUCAUAACCCGCCUUGGCACUUCGAAGUGACUGAAAUCGAUUCAAAUUUUCGUUCCAAGCGGCACUGGGACGGAUUUAUCAUCAAUAUCAUCAAUGAAUUAUCUAGAAAUCUUAAUUUUACAAUCAAAUACAUCGCGAUUGAAGCGCCAUCUAAACUAAUGACAGUAAAAAAUGAUCCAAAAAAGUCAGUGAUGUCAGCUGCAGAAAAAGUGCCCGCAGCUGUGACGGAACUUGUGCGCAACCGCAAUGUCUUGAUGGCCGCUUGUUCUUACGCGACCAAGAUGUACAUGAAUGACCGGAAAAUUAAAUUCACAAAAUUUAUAGCGACUCAGAGCUACGGUCUCCUGUCUCCGAAACCUCAGCCGGUGACCAAGACACUUUUGUUCACCACCCCGUUCUCCAAUGAAGCAUGGGCAUGUUUGGCAUCAUCGAUACUUCUAGUGGGUCCGAUUCUUUACUUAGUUCACACAUUCAGUCCCCGAAAGGCCGACGAGCAAAUUCGGGAUCCAGAUUCCACGGAGAUGUCGGGACUCGGAUCUUUAUCCAGGUGCGUCUGGUACAUCUACGGCGCUUUGUUACAGCAAGGGGGCAUGCACUUACCGGCAACAGAUGGCGCUCGGUUGAUAGUCGGGACCUGGUGGCUGGUGGUCAUGGUCAUCGUCGCAACGUAUUCAGGAACUCUGGUCGCGUUUCUGACGUUUCCGCGUAUGGAACCGCCGGUUGAUACCGUGGACGCUUUGCUAGCACGUAGGGAAGAGUUUACUUGGAGUCUUCCUAGUGGAAGUUUCUUAGAAAAUAUUCUUAGUGAAAGUUCUAGUGAUGAGUUCAUCGACUACCGAAGUCUUCUACCAGAAUAUGAUGGGCAUGCGAGACACCACGAGACUGUCAGCUACGAAGACAAUGUGGAGAUGGUCAAAAAUGGCGGACAUGUGCUGAUCGAUUGGACCACUGCGCUGAUGACUUCACAGCGUAAUUAUCAUAUUUAUUCUGGAGAGUGUUUAUUUCUUGUUUCUACUGAUGUGCUGGAGAUAGUGGAGCCUAUUGCGAUGGCAGUGCCCGCUGACAGUCCGUAUUUGGGACUUAUUGAUGUCCAGUUGCAGAGAAUGCAUGAAGCUGGGCUGAUUGGUGAGUGGAGUGACAACUGGAUGUCUAUCAGGGACGAAUGUCUGGAUGACAGUAUGAUGGAUACUGAGGAAACUUCAAAUCAUACGGUUGACUUCUAUGACAUGCAAGGAAUUUUUUUCGUUUUAUUUCUUGAAGAAUCAAACCCCUGGAGAGGAAAUAAUCCAACCUUCGAACCAGUUGAUGGCCUCGAUACCGAAGAUCAAAAACAAACAGAAUUGCAUUUUCUGACCAAUAAUAAUGAACUGAUCACAAUUACAACAAUGACCUACACAACAGUGCUGCCAUUUUGUUAUUUUCCAAGUUUGCACGCGGCGGGGUUAGAAUUUCCAUUGGAUGACCCGAGGUACACCAUCAUGAUCUUGGUCCCAAAUGGGAAUAAUUUGCUGAGAGAUUUGAGAGGAAUCAAGUUGAGGAAACUGAGGCAGGCAUUGACCCCGAACUGGGUCAGGGCAACAAUUCCCCCGUUUAUGUUGAAGGGCUUCGUGACCUUGACGGGUUGGCUGCAGAAGCUGGGGGUCCAGGACGCAUUCGAGCCCAGGGCUGCUGAUUUGUCGCUGAUGAGUCCCGAUCUCGGAAUUUACGCGAGAGAUGUUCAGCAGAGCAUUGGGGUCAACAUCAGGAACUUCGCUGAGUCUGAGGUCAACGCGACUAAAAGUACAGGAAAUAAUAACCCAAGUACCCGUGACCCAAUACCGUUCGUCGUAGAUCGUCCAUUUAUAUUUUUUAUAAUCGAUACUGAGACCUCGGUGUCACUAAUUGCCGGUCGUGUUAACGAUCCACUUAACUCGAGGAUUAUUUAA